GAGGGCGUGAACUAGGAAGGGAAGGGAGGGGAAGAGAGAGAGAAGGGCGGAGUAGGAGGGAGGGGAAGGGGGCGGGGUGGGAGCGGAUCACGUGAUUCGGCAUGGAGGCGGUGGCGGCGACCGGGAGGAGCCGCUGGGGCAGAAGCCGCACUUGUUAGUGUUGGGGAAGAGGAGGGGGUUAAGGGACGCCGACACCGUCACCCAGGGACGCCGAGGAGAAGGCGGGAGGGGGGUGGGGGCGAGAUCAGGCUCCGACCCCCGGCCGAGGGGAUGAGGGGAGCAUGGGCGCCAAGGAGUCACGGAUCGGAUUCCUCAGCUACGAGGAGGCGCUGAGGAGAGUUACAGAUAUAGAGCUGAAACGACUGAAGGAUGCCUUUAAGAGAACUUGUGGACUCUCGUGUUACAUGGGCCAGCACUGCUUCAUCAGAGAAGUGCUUGGGGAUGGAGUGCCUCCAAAAGUUGCUGAGGUGAUUUACUGUUCUUUUGGUGGAACAUCCAAAGGGCUUCAUUUCAAUAACUUAAUAGUUGGACUUGUUCUCCUUACAAGAGGCAAAGAUGAAGAAAAAGCGAAAUACAUUUUUAGUCUUUUUUCAAGUGAAUCUGGGAGCUAUGUUGUUCGGGAAGAAAUGGAAAGAAUGCUCCAUGUGGUGGAUGGUAAAGUCCCAGAUACAUUGAGGAAGUGUUUCUCAGAGGGUGAAAAGGUUAACUAUGAAAAGUUUAGAAAUUGGCUUCUUGUAAACAAAGAUGCUUUUACCUUCUCUCGUUGGCUCCUGUCUGGAGGUGUAUAUGUUACCCUCACUGAUGAUAGCGAUACUCCUACUUUCUACCAAACUCUGGCUGGAGUCACACACUUGGAGGAAUCAGACAUCAUUGAUCUGGAGAAACGCUAUUGGUUGCUGAAGGCUCAAUCCCGGACUGGACGAUUUGAUCUGGAGACAUUUGGCCCAUUGGUUUCACCACCUAUUCGUCCAUCUCUGAGCGAAGGUUUAUUUAAUGCUUUUGAUGAAAAUCGUGACAAUCACAUAGAUUUUAAGGAGAUAUCCUGUGGGUUAUCAGCCUGUUGCAGGGGACCCCUGGCUGAAAGACAAAAAUUUUGCUUCAAGGUGUUUGAUAUUGACCGUGAUGGCGUUCUCUCCAGGGUUGAACUGAGAGGUAUGGUGGUUGCACUUUUAGAGGUCUGGAAGGACAACCGCACUGAUGUUAUUCCUGAACUGCACAUGGAUCUCUCUGACAUUGUAGAAGGCAUAUUGAAUACACAUGAUACCACAAAGAUGGGCCAUCUUACUCUGGAAGACUAUCAGAUCUGGAGUGUGAAAAAUGUUCUUGCCAACGAAUUUUUGAAUCUCCUUUUCCAGGUGUGUCAUAUAGUCCUCGGGUUAAGACCAGCUACUCCAGAAGAGGAAGGACAAAUUAUUAGGGGAUGGCUGGAACGCGAGAGCAGAUAUGGUCUGCAGCCAGGACACAAUUGGUUCAUCAUCUCCAUGCAAUGGUGGCAACAAUGGAAAGAAUAUGUUAAAUACGACACUAACCCUGUUGUAAUUGAGCCGUCAUCUGUUCUGAAUGGAGGAAAAUACUCCAAUGGAACAGCAAUAAAUGCUUUGGAGCAGAGUGAAGAUAGACUUGGAGGUGGCAGCCUGAGUUAUCUGAACAACACAGAAGAGAAAUUUUCAGACAACAUUUCUUCUGCAUCUGAAGCCUCAGAAAGUGCUAGCAGUGGAUUUCUGUAUUCAGCUACACCAGGAGCAGAUAUGUGCUUUGCUCGACAACAUAACACUUCGGACAAUAACAACCAGUGUUUGCUAGGAUCCAAUGGGAAUAUUUUACUGCACCUCACCCCUCAGAAACCAGGGGCUAUUGAUAACCAGCCAUUAGUAACUCAAGAACCAGUAAAAGCUACGUCAUUGACACUAGAAGGAGGACGGUUAAAACGAACUCCGCAGCUAAUCCAUGGAAGAGAUUAUGAAAUGGUCCCAGAACCUGUGUGGAGAGCACUUUACCAUUGGUACGGUGCAAACCUGGCCCUACCUAGACCAGUGAUCAAGAAUAGCAAGACAGACAUCCCAGAGCUGGAAUUAUUUCCUCGUUAUCUUCUUUUCCUGAGACAGCAGCCUGCCACUCGGACACAGCAGUCUAACAUCUGGGUGAAUAUGGGAAAUGUACCUUCUCCAAAUGCGCCUUUAAAGCGGGUGUUAGCCUAUACAGGCUGUUUUAGUCGAAUGCAGACCAUCAAGGAAAUUCAUGAAUAUCUAUCUCAGAGACUGCGCAUCAAAGAGGAAGAUAUGCGCCUGUGGUUAUACAACAGUGAGAAUUAUCUUACUCUUCUGGAUGAUGAGGAUCAUAGAUUGGAGUAUUUGAAAAUCCAGGAUGAGCAGCACUUGGUAAUUGAAGUUCGCAAUAAAGAUAUGAGUUGGCCUGAGGAAAUGUCCUUCAUAGCCAAUAGUAGUAAAAUAGAUAGACACAAGGUUCCCACAGAAAAGGGAGCCACAGGUCUGAGUAACCUGGGAAACACUUGCUUCAUGAACUCAAGCAUCCAAUGUGUUAGCAACACGCAGCCACUGACACAGUAUUUUAUCUCAGGGAGACAUCUGUAUGAACUCAACAGGACAAAUCCCAUUGGUAUGAAGGGGCAUAUGGCUAAGUGCUAUGGGGAUUUAGUACAAGAACUUUGGAGUGGGACUCAGAAAAAUGUUGCUCCGUUAAAGCUUCGGUGGACCAUAGCAAAAUAUGCUCCCAGGUUUAAUGGGUUUCAGCAACAAGAUUCCCAAGAACUUCUGGCUUUUCUCUUGGAUGGUCUUCAUGAAGAUCUUAACCGAGUCCAUGAGAAGCCAUAUGUAGAACUGAAGGACAGUGAUGGCCGACCAGACUGGGAAGUAGCUGCAGAGGCCUGGGACAACCAUCUGAGAAGGAAUAGAUCAAUUGUUGUGGAUUUGUUCCAUGGGCAGCUAAGAUCCCAAGUCAAAUGCAAGACAUGUGGGCAUAUAAGUGUUCGAUUUGACCCUUUCAAUUUUUUGUCUUUGCCACUACCAAUGGACAGUUAUAUGCACUUAGAAAUAACAGUUAUUAAGCUAGAUGGUACUACCCCUGUACGAUACGGACUAAGACUGAAUAUGGAUGAAAAGUACACAGGUUUAAAAAAGCAGCUGAGUGAUCUCUGUGGACUUAAAUCAGAACAAAUCCUUCUUGCAGAAGUACAUAGUUCCAACAUAAAGAACUUCCCUCAGGACAACCAAAAAGUACGACUCUCAGUGAGUGGAUUUCUCUGUGCAUUUGAGGUUCCCAUCCCUGGAUCUCCCGUUUCAGCUUCCAGUCCAAUACAGACAGAUUGCUCCUCUUCCCCGUCUACAAAUGGAAUGUUCACCUUAACCACCAAUGGAGACUUGCCCCGACCACUAUUCAUCCCCAAUGGAAUGCCAAAUACUGUUGUGCCAUGUGGAACUGAGAAGAACUUCACAAAUGGAAUGGUGAAUGGUCAUACGCCAUCUCUCCCUGACAACCCCUUUACAGGCUACAUCAUUGCAGUCCACCGAAAAAUGAUGAGGACAGAACUUUACUUCCUGUCAUCUCAGAAGAAUCGCCCCAGCCUCUUUGGAAUGCCACUCAUUGUUCCUUGUACUGUACAUACUCGGAAGAAAGACCUGUAUGAUGCGGUUUGGAUUCAAGUGUCUCGAUUAGCAAGCCCACUCCCACCUCAGGAAGCUAGUAACCAUGCUCAGGAUUGUGAUGACAGUAUGGGAUAUCAGUAUCCAUUCACUCUACGAGUCGUGCAGAAAGAUGGAAAUUCCUGUGCUUGGUGUCCAUGGUAUAGAUUUUGCAGAGGCUGUAAAAUUGAUUGUGGGGAAGACAGUGCUUUCAUUGGAAAUGCCUACAUUGCUGUGGAUUGGGACCCUACAGCCCUUCAUCUCCGCUAUCAAACAUCACAGGAAAGGGUAAUGGACGAGCAUGAGAGUGUGGAGCAGAGUCGGUGUGCACAGGCUGAGCCCAUCAACCUGGAUAGCUGCCUCCGAGCUUUCACCAGUGAGGAGGAGCUGGGCGAGAACGAGAUGUACUACUGCUCCAAGUGUAAGACCCACUGCUUGGCAACCAAGAAACUGGAUCUCUGGAGGCUGCCCCCUAUCCUGAUUAUUCACCUUAAACGAUUUCAAUUUGUGAAUGGCCGGUGGAUAAAAUCCCAGAAAAUUGUUAAAUUUCCUCGUGAAAGUUUUGACCCGAGUGCUUUUUUGGUACCAAGGGACCCAGCCCUCUGCCACCGGAAACCACUCACACCCCAGGAGGACGAGUUCCCUGGGCCACAGGUUCCAGUAGGAGAGGUGCAGAAAGUCGAGGUCCAGAGCUCAGCUGGGGACGAGGGUGUGCUCCUGAGCAAGAGCCCAUCCUCAUUGAGUGCAAACGUCAUCAGUAGUCCCAAAGGUUCACCUUCUUCAUCAAGAAAAGGUGGAACCAGCUGCCCUUCCAGCAAAAGCAGCAGCCCUAACAGCAGCCCACGGACUUUGGGGAGGAGUAAAGGAAGGCUUCGGCUGCCCCAGAUUGGCAGCAAAAACAAACUGUCCAGUAGUAAAGAGAGCUUGGAUUCCAGCAAAGAAAAUGGGGCUGCACACGUUUGUGAGCUGGCUGAUGCCUUGAGCCGAGGACACAUACUGGGGGGCAGCCAACCCGAACUGGUCACCCCUCAGGACCAUGAGGUAGCUCUGGCCAAUGGAUUCCUUUAUGAGCAUGAGGCAUGUGUCAAUGGCUACAGCAAUGGUCAGCUCGAAAACCACAGUGAGGAAGACAGCACUGAUGACCAAAGAGAAGAUACUCGUGUGAAGCCUAUUUAUAAUCUAUAUGCAAUUUCGUGCCAUUCAGGAAUUCUGGGUGGGGGCCAUUAUGUCACUUAUGCCAAAAACCCCAACAGCAGGUGGUACUGUUACAACGACAGCAGCUGUAAGGAACUUCACCCUGAUGAAAUUGACACCGACUCUGCCUACAUCCUUUUCUAUGAGCAGCAGAGGACAGACUAUGCACAGUUCCUGCCAAAGAUCGAUGGCAAGAAGAUGGCCGACACGAGCAGCAUGGACGAAGACUUUGAGUCUGAUUACAAGAAGUACUGCGUGCUGCAGUAACGCUACCACUCUGGCUGCUAGACAGUCUCGGGGUGAGGGAGGUGACUCCCUGGAGCUGGCAUUUGGCAAAAGCGUUGCUGAAAGGCAAACUAAAUGUAGUUAUUUGAUCCUGUGACCCUGAAGCACAAAAUAAAAAUUCUAAUUAAA